AUGUCCGUUAAAUUGUUCGUUGGUGGCUUGUCCUGGGGUACUGAUGACCGUGCUUUAAAAGGAAAGUUUGAAGAGUUUGGUAAUGUUGAAGAUGCUGUUGUAAUUCGUGACCGCGAAACUGGUCGAAGCCGUGGAUUUGGCUUUGUUACCUACUCAUCUAAUGAAGAAGCCGAAGCGGCUAUUCAAAAUUUAAAUGACCAAGAGUUUGAUGGACGUACAAUCAAAGAUUCUCAAGAUAUGCGUAUCAAAGUUCAAAACCCAGUGGUUGACUUGGAUGGGGAUGAAAUGACUCGCGUCAUUUGGGAAAAAAUCAAGACCCAAUUGAUUUUUCCUUAUGUUGAACUAGACAUCAAAUAUUAUGAUUUGGGAAUACAAAACCGAGACGUUACCAAUGAUCAAAUAACAAUAGAUGCAGCUGAGGCUAUAAAGAAAUAUAACGUUGGGAUUAAAUGUGCAACAAUUACUCCCGACGAAGAGAGAGUUAAAGAAUUUAAUCUUAAAAAAAUGUGGAAAUCCCCAAACGGUACUAUUCGAAAUAUCUUGAAUGGAGUGGUUUUUCGUGAACCAAUUUUAAUGAAGACAGUACCAAGAAUUGUCCCAGGCUGGACAAAACCAAUUGUGAUCGGUCGUCAUGCGUUUGGUGAUCAGUAUAAAGCCACAGAAAUGAUCAUCGAUCGUCCUGGUAAACUUCGAUUAACUUUUGAGCCCGAUGAUAAAUCGAGUCAACAAAGCGAAUUGGUCUAUGAAUACCAGGCACCAGGAGUCGCGAUGGCCAUGUAUAACCUUGAUGCGUCCAUUUCAGGGUUUGCCCAUAGCAGUUUUCAGAUGGCUCUGAACAAAGAAAUGCCAUUGUAUUUAAGUACUAAAAAUACCAUAUUGAAAAAAUACGACGGUCGAUUCAAAGACAUCUUUCAACAGAUUUAUGAAAGAGAUUAUAAGGAUAAAUUCGUUGAAAAAAAAAUCAUGUAUGAACAUCGACUAAUUGAUGAUAUGGUUGCCCAAGCUUUAAAAUCAAGUGGUGGAUUUGUUUGGGCUACCAAAAAUUAUGAUGGUGAUGUACAGUCUGAUAUUUUAGCUCAAGGGUUUGGAUCAUUGGGUUUGAUGACCAGCAUUCUUACUACACCAGAUGGAAAGACUUUGGAAUCUGAAGCUGCUCAUGGCACAGUAACUAGACAUUAUCGACAAUAUCAAAAGGGUCAAGAAACAUCUACAAAUCCCAUAGCAUCGAUAUUUGCAUGGACACGUGGUCUAUCGCAUAGAGCUAAACUCGAUAAUAAUCAAGAAUUAUCAAAAUUUUCUCAAGAUCUUGAAAGGGCGUGUAUUGAAACAGUAGAAAUUCACGGAAAAAUGACCAAAGAUCUUGCAUUAUCAAUUCACGGCGCGAAGAACCUUAAACGAGAACAUUAUGUUCUUACUGAAGAAUUUCUAGAAAAUAUUGCUAAUAAUCUUAAAACCAUCCGCAAUACUCGUCAAUAA